GGCCCGAAAAUCGGCGCAAAUUGACAGUCAACCGCCACUAUUCCCCCAUACCGGUGACCCUACUGACCCCCAGUCACUGGGGCAAGCGGGGACACCGCACACGACCCGGUCCUGUACCUACAGUAACCCGACAGGGGCCCGGAGUUCGUUUGAGCUUGAGCAGGGACGAGACGGCCGCUCUCUCGGGUCUCCGCCGGCGUCUCGUUCCCCCCCCCUGGACCGGGGGGUCAUCCCGGUCUGCAGGGGACCAGCAGAACACCAAAUCUGGGCAUAAACAAUCGCCCGAGCGAGGAACAUCCACGUGCACCAUUCCACAAGAUGGCAGCCGCACACCAGCAAUGUGCGCGGACUGCCAGUGCAGGAGAGCAUAUCGAAGGGGAGCUAACCCAACACCACCAGACCACCAUGACAACCUGCCCCAG